CGCUCCUAUUGGACAGCAAUGCGGAAGUGAGGAGCAAGUUGAAGCUAACAGUAGGUAGGCUGUUGUGUUUUUCUUUGCACAGUUUUUGGAGACAUGGCGCUGCCAGCACCGCUCAAACCCAUCCAUCACUACCUGGAGACCGCAAAGGAGCACGACAAACGCGACCCGGUCGUGUCUUAUUACUGUCGUCUCUACGCAGUGCAGACGGGCAUGAAGCUGGAGAGUAAAACACCAGAGUGCCUCAAGUUCCUGACCAAACUCAUGGACCAAUUGGAAACGAUGAAGAAGGAGCUGAAAGACAACGAGUCCAUCAGCCAGGAGAUAGUGGGUAAUGCACACAUUGAAAACUACGCCUUAAAGAUGUUCCUCUAUGCCGACAACGAGGACCGAGCCGGACGAUUCCACAAGAACAUGAUCAAGUCCUUCUUCAAAGCCAGUCUGCUGCUGGACGUCCUCAGUGUGUUUGGAGAGUUAUCAGAGGAGAACAUCCAGCACAGGAAAUAUGCUCGCUGGAAGGCCGCCUAUAUCCACAACUGCCUGAAGAACGGCGAGACUCCUCAGGCCGGGCCCCUGGCCAUGGACGAGGACCCAGAGUACCAAGCUGAGGGUUUCACCCAUCAAGGGGGUUCCUUCAGGGCCUCUCAGUUCUCCCAGGAACAGGACCAGAGUUUGGGUCCAGGUUCGGCACCAGGCAUUGGGUUUACCCCAGGUCCAGGAUCAGGACCAUUGGGUCCACCAGUAGUUCCAGGUGUCAGCAACCAUAACAACAUCCACAUCCCCCCCGGGGCCCACGCACCGGCCAACACGCCUGCCGAGCUGGCUCCGCCCUCAGCAGAAGCAGCCAAACCGGUUCCUCUGCCCCGGACAGUUCCCUGUGUGGAUCCCACCUUACUCAGCACCCAGCAGCAAGGCGGCGUUCAACUCUUGCCUGAUGACUUCACGAGGGCCCAGAAGUACUGCAAGUACGCCAGCAGCGCCCUGCAGUACGAGGACGUCACCACGGCCGUCCAGAACCUCCAGAAAGCCCUGAAGCUCCUCACCACUGGCAAAGAAUGAAGUCUUUGUCCUCCUGGGAUUCUUUCCAGCAGCGCCAGGACGCCAUCGUUCUGAACGUCUGCACACUGACACGUAUGUGUGAACACGCCCACACCAAAAGACGUCAUGACAGGAAGUACGUGGCAAAAAGUUCAGUCACUACGUCAAACAAAAUACCUGAAAGAAAGAGGGGGAAAAAAAAAAGCUUUUUAAAAACAAAUUGAAUCUGG